AUGGAGAGAGAUGCAGUUGAUGGGGUUCUGCUGGACUGUCCCUGGGUACCAGUGUGUAUCAGUGGGUCUCAGCUCCUGGCCAAGACCUGGUUUGGGGACACAGCAUACCGCAUCCUGCUCACGGACCUGCACUCUGUGUGGGAGGAGGAGAUGGACACCAGGGCCAUCCAGGACAGAGCUCAGGAGCUGAACAGGCGAUUGCGGGCUCCCGUCCACGCCUUCUUCUCUCACAUGUGUGAGGUGGCUCUCCCCUGUCUGUCUGGACGGGUGGAGGACAGGGGUGCGCUUCAGUUCUCCCUCAACCACCACGGCGGUGACAUCAACCUGAAGUUGAAGAGUGAGCUGGCUGGGGUGCCUUUCUACUGGGAAUUCCGCUGCACCCCUGCCCCUGUGGCUUUGGUGUGCAGUCAGCUUGUGCGCCCCCUGCUGUUGAUGAGCAGGUUACUGCAGAGACAGGUGGGCCAACUGGGAGCUCUGCUGGCCAGGAAAGACACUGAGCUCCAAGACUACAGGGACAAUGGGGCAGUGCUGAGCAGAGAGCGAUUGCAGACAGAGUUGUUUGAGGAACAAAGCUACAGAGAGAACUUCCUGACACAGUUCUAA